GCUCUGGAACUGACGUGAGGCUCAGAAGCGUCUCGGAGGGGAGCUUGAGCCGCCCCGCUCCCUCCCUCCCGGGCGUUGGGGCGCUCACACACUUUUGCACAAUACGACACGUAUUCCAAGUGCCAGGCUGUUGAUUUGUCCAAUUAUAGGGCGUAGAACACUACAUCCUGCUGCUGCCCGACCUCGUAUCCUGCUUUGUCAGGUCCACGUGAGACAUGGCACAGGAACGAGGACACAUCCCGCUGCCUAGAGCUGAUGCUAUUCGCUCUCAUCUUAUUGACACCUUCUCCCUCAUAGAGCAUUUGCAAGGCUUGAGCCAAGCUGUGCCAAGGCACACUCUCCGGGAGAUACUUGAUCCUUCUCUCCAGAAGAAACUCAUGUCAGGAGACCAGCAUCAGCUAGUGCGCUUCUCCAUAAAGCCCCGGCAUAUGGGCCACAUCACACACUCCCAGCGAAUGCUGAGCAGGCUUCGUGUGCGGUGCAGCCAGAGACCACCUCUUUCCCUGUGGGCUGGAUGGGUUAUUGAGAGUCCUAUCUUCUCAAAAUUCAUCAUCUUCCUCAUAUUUCUGAAUACAAUUGUACUGAUGGUCGAAAUAGAAUUGAUGGAAUCCACAAACACUAAACUGUGGCCAUUGAGAUUGACUUUGGAGGUGGCAGAUUGGUUUAUCUUGUUUAGUUUCAUUUUAGAGAUUCUUCUAAUGUGGCUGUUCGGCUUUACUCUCUACUGGAAUAAUGCCUGGAAUGUCUUUGACUUUGUUGUUACCAUGUUGUCUCUGCUUCCUGAGUUUGUGGUGUUGAUGGGAGUCUCGGGGAAUUCUGUGUGGCUCCAGCUGCUGAGGAUCUCCCGGGUGCUGAGGUCUCUCAAACUGUUUGCUCGACUCCGUCAAAUGAAAGUUAUUAUAUUGGCUCUGGCCAGGGCCCUGAAGAGCAUGACGUUCCUCUUGAUGCUCCUCCUCAUCUUCUUCUACAUUUUUGCUGUGACCGGUGUCUACUUCUUCCAAGACUAUUCCCGCUCCACUAUUGAGAACCUGGAAUACAACAUGUUCUUCUCGGACCUACUAAAUUCCCUGGUGACAGUGUUCAUCCUCUUCACCUUGGAUCAUUGGUAUGCAGUCCUUCAGGAUGUCUGGAAGGUGCCAGAAGCUAGCCGUGUCUUUAGCAGCAUCUAUGUGAUCCUUUGGUUGUUGCUUGGCUCCAUUAUCUUUCGAAAUAUCAUAGUAGCCAUGAUGGUUACUAACUUUCAGAAUAUCAGAAAUGAGCUGAAUGAGGAGAUGACCCACCUGGAGAUUCAGUAUAAAGCUGACAUAUUCAAGCGACAGAUUAUUCUGAGGAGACAAAACCUAUUCCCUGAAUCAGUAAGGUAAAGUAAUAGCAACAUGGAUGACAGCAACAAAGAUCCUCUAGGAAACCAGGAGGCGACAUGGCAGCAGAGAACAGAUGAAGACAAAAGUGAUGACGCAGACAAAAGUGAUGACGCAGACAAAGGUGAUGACGUAGACAAAAGUGACGCGGACGAAAGCGAUGCUAAGCAGGAUGAAGAUGGAAAAGGACAGAAAGAACCACCAAAAGCUAAAGCCAACACAUCUUCCUCUUCUGCCGCUACAUCCUCCUACAGUUCUUCGUUAGCUGAUUUGGAUCAUGCUGAUAACUUGGACUGGGAGACUCUUGUGCAUGAGAACCUGCCUGGGUUAAUGGAUAUGGAUCAGGAUGACCGUGUUGUUUGGCCCAGAGAUUCACUUUUUCGAUAUUUUGAGCUACUAGAAAAGCUUCAGUAUAACAUAGAGGAGCGGAAGAAGUUGCAAGAAUUUGCAGUCCAGGCCCUGAUGAGUUUUGAAGACAAGUAAAGAUACAAUGGAUGACGGCAUAUCUCUUGACCCAGCGAAAGCUAACGAAGGGAAUAGUUGAGAAAAGAGAAUUCAAAAUAUAAAUAUCUAAUAAAUAUCACUAGUGAA